AUGGAGGCUGAGAACAGCGGCAACGCGGCCGAGAAGCGGCGGCUGCCUCUGUCGAAGGUUGUUGCCGAUUGCGUCGAGCGGUGGUUCGAGGACGCGCUGAAGGAGGCAAGGGCCGGCGACAUCAAUAUGCAGGUGCUCGUGGGCCAGAUGUACUACAGUGGCUACGGCGUUCCCAAAAACGCCGGCAAGGGGAAUUUUUGGUUUACAAGGGCUUCAAGAGUGAGGUCUUCUGUGUGGGGAGUUAUCGGUAAACGUCCUGGUUACAAUGCGAGUGAAUCUGAUUCGGAUGAGUCAGGCAGCGAGUCUUGA